AUGGCGGCGGCCGGGGCGGGAGGCGCCUGCGCGGCCGCGGCUCCCCCGGGGCUCCCCCCGCUUCCCGGCAGCCGCCGCGCCGGGCGGGGCGGGGCGGGGCGGGGAGGGAUGGCGGCCUUCCUGACGCACCGGCAGAAGGUGCUGCGGCUCUACAAGAAGUCCCUGCGGCACCUGGAGUCCUGGUGCAUCUACCGGGACAAGUACCGCUACUUCGCGGUCCUCCUGAGAGACCGAUUCGAUAAGAACAAGGAUGUGAAGGAUAUGGUGAAAGCUACGGAGCUGCUGAGGGCAGGCGAGGAGGAGUUCUGGGCUUACCAGCACCCGCAGCCCUACCUCUUCCCUGACUCCCCGGGGGGCACUGCCUAUGAGAGAUACGAAUGCUACAAGAUUCCUGAGUGGUGCUUGGAUUUCUGGCAUCCCUCUGAGAAGGCCAUGUAUCCUGAUUACUUUGCCAAGCGGGAGCAGUGGAAGAAGCUGCAGAGGGAAAGCUGGGCUCAAGAGCUGAAGCAGUUAGAAGAAGAAACUCCAGUUGAUGGCCCAAGAACUGAAGCUUUGCCCCCAGCUCGGAAGCAAGGGCAGCUGCCCCCGCUGUGGUGGCACUAUGUCACCAGGCCUAAGGAAAUCCCCAUGUAAAGCCUUGUUUCAUGGGAGAACUGGAGUGGUCUGUCCUCUGUAGGCAGUAGACAUGUCAGUGGCUGCAUGCUACUCUGAGAAAUAGAAAAUAAAGCCAAAUAAAGUAUAACUGAGAGCA